CGUUCCUGCGCAAUAAAAAUAUCUAUUUUUAUUUUAGAAUUAUCGUACACAAGCAGAGUCGUGCGUCAUAAUUUCUAAAUGCCAAUUAGCGCUUUCGUGCUAGAAUAAUAAAUUCGUUGUUGCACCGCUUGCGCUUUGUGCAGAUGCAACUGCCCUGUGAUGAUGCGAGGAACCCAGUCAAGAACUUCCCUUGCACCUACUUCCCCACAACAGUUCCCCAUUCAGAUUUACCCCCGUUGCUAGUAACAUCUGCUUUUGCUCUUUUUCAAAAAACCUAAAACUCGUAUUAUUCUCAGCCCAGGAAUCGCAAUAUUAAAUAACAGGUGCGUCGCAUUUCGUCAGAUCAUUUUUGCCCCCCCAAGUCCAUUAGACACCAAAGGUUUCUCUGCCCCCCUCGUCGGCUCUCGAGGAUGGGGCUUUUCCGUGCCGCGAGAGAGGCGUUCCGGGUGUUGCACUUUUGGCACUGUUUUGUGCGAACCGUGUGCAACAAUACCACUCUGGAGCUGUUGCACCACACAGCGGAUGCCGUUUGGGAUCCAGGGCUGCAAGAGUUCGAGCUCAAGUUCGACACCUUUGGUCCGUACGACGAUGACGACGAUGAGGAGUGGUUGCGCUCAAAAGUAGGCAGCAGCAACAAGCGCUUUGAGCAAGCGUGGAUACCCGCGGGGUACAGCACCACGCGUCGAACGGACAGCUGGGAUGAGUUUCGUCGCGGAAGUGGGCAAACCCAGCAGAACGAAGGGUCGUCGACGCUGGAGGUGGUACGGACAACGUCGAAAAAGUCGAGGAGCUCCACUGCCAAGAGAAAACACCACGCCGGCAGGCGCAAACAUCACGACAAGAACGGCGAAACAAGGCGCAGAGGCAGGCAUAAGCACAAAGUGCGGGCGGGGCAGCACGAGCGGAAAAAGGCGAAGAAAAGCCAACCUCUCGUAGUCCCAGCAGUGGACGGGGGCGCGGCGGCUACUGAGAGUUCCGGUCUUCACCAAGAGGACGGCGGGGCGAAUGGAUUGCAGGCACCCACGCCUUCGAGCAAAGACAAGGAUGUUGGUGAAGGUCGUACCGAGGAAGGCGACACCAGGGUGAUCGACGAAGCAAAGGACACGAGGACACAGGGAGACCUUCAAGCACCCGCUCAAGAGGUGCGGGCGAAUGCGACGCGCAAGGGAGAAGACGUGGCUCCGGAGUCUCUGGAGAAAACAGAUCAGAACCAUGGCGGCGAAGUGCCAGAACCAAAAUCAUCCGCGGAGACGCACAAUCGGAAUGAUAAGCGUGGGGUGAAUACGCAUAAAGGGACAGGUGAGCGUCCCACUAUCUCUGCUUUUGUUGACGAUCACGAGCAAAACACCAGGAACAGCACCGGCAUGUCUGCUCAACCUUCUACGAAAAACAAAAACUACGGCCGGGCCUUGCGUAGGAGAAGGAACCGCAAGCGACGCGUGUCUGGACGUGUUGUUGGAACAAGGCGAAGCGCGGACCGCAGUACCGAGGACCCGUUCGAGUUCUUGCAGACAAGAGCGGACGAGAAGAGGGGCAAGCCUAUGAAGCGCAAAAGUGUAGUUUUUAUCCUUGUGCAGUAUAACCUCAUCAUUUCAUUUUUUAUGCAGUUUCACAGGACCGGCACCGGCGUGCGCGUUGCUCUUACAUCAAUUUCCUGCAAUGCCGGUAUUUACAACGUUUGACUCGUUCGUUUUCGACGUUCAGGGGAAAUCGCUAUUCCCAUUUGGUAAAUGCGCUAGGCGAAGACGCGUGCCAACGUCUGCUAGCAGAACUAGAAAAGGAACAUGAUACAUAGAAGUGAAACGGGAUGGACCCUUGAUAUUUUGGAUGAUGUAUUUGGAAAACACUUUUGCUUUUGCAGUUGAUAGAUGUGAAGGGCGGCAGCACGUCGCCCACUGCAGUCCCAUCCGCAGGCUUGAAAAAGCUGCGCGAGGACCGGCACGACGUUCGUGAAGAACCUGCGAGUUCUCUGCGCGAGGACGAUGGUACUACAAAGAAAAGCACUAACUCGGAUUUCCUGCAGACCUCGUCGACGGAGAAGCCGACAGCAAGUCGGCAGAGCUACAAGGAGGAGUUCCUGGCUCCACCGGUGCAAGAGGACCGGACUCCGGUCGCGAAAGAGCCAAUUGAAACUCGAGUCGAAAAAGACGAACUCCGUGCGCACGAAGAUGAUCUUCCGCGAGCGCAAGAGGGCGGCCAGGCAGAGAGUCGCAAAGUUGACGAGCCGGAGUGCUCCUUUUUAUCUUCGUGUUCCGGAAGCGGAGGUGACUUAUCAUGAAGAAAAAGCAACUUCCGAUACCGCAAGUCAGACAAAAUGUUUGUCUCUGUAGAACGUGGAUUCCCCGUUGCAAAGGUCACUGUUGAGGCAACUUGGAGUAGAUUGAAAUUUGAUGCCCAAAUUUUGUAAAGCUCAAGCCUUCGAUUUGCAUUUUCUGUAAGACAAGUAAAAUUGUAAAACGAUACCUUCCUUUCACGCCUGGUAGUAACAGAAUAGAAAUUUAUUCAUUGGUACUCAUGGCUUUAUGAUGGAAGCAUGCAUGGAGGCCUUGCGAGGUGUAAUUGAACUUUACGCGGCUGCGGUAUUGCAUGCUUUUUCUUCAUCGGGAUACGCUCCUGCUCCACCACCACGCCAAUCCCCUCCGGCACCGCGAACUGGUGCUCCAACUUCACCUCCUCCCGGCGCGCAGGCAAGCAGCGCGGGUGCGCCGCCACCGCAACAGCAGACCACCAGAAUAAACUUGAUUUUACCUCCACCUCCUCGUUCG